CGCUGGAUCCGUCGGCGGCGGAGCGCGCGCAGCCGUCCCCCCCUGGUCCCGUCCGCGGCGGUGGCGCGUUGGUAUGCCGAGAGGCGCCCAGGUUUCAGCACCAUUCGCCUCUGGGUUUCUAGCAUUCUCAGGAAGGAUAUGGAGUGCACCCUCUAUGCAAGUUCCCCUGUAUCCCACAUCUCGCUGCUUGAGCAAGUUCUUGGCUGGAGAUUUUGUCUUUACGGAGACUUCCUUGUCAUCUCCUUUGUCAACUGCACCUGAACAUUCCUCAUUUGGCGGCUACCGUUGCUGGUCCCAUGCUACUGGACAUUAGAUCCGACUAGUGAUUGCACUGCAGCUGUGCACACUUAUUCGAGCAUGGUGCGUCUCUUCUCCGGCAACAUUUCUGUAAUUUUUGUCUUGGCACUGAUCAGCCAGCAAAAGUUACCUUCGGAACUUCUUUGGACACUUGGAUCUAACUUGUAGAUCUUUGUUGUCAGUUACAAGCUCUAGCAGGUUCUGGUUUUCUUUGCUUCUGUUAGCUCUGUUCUCCCCUAUCACUGCGAGUUUUCAGUUUUACCGGCUUGAUCUUUGGUGUGUACUGUGUGCACUGUUGUUCAUCAGGGUUCACUUCUGAUGGCUUAACCUAAGGUCAAAUGUGUUAAAGUUUACUCGUGACAAAGUAUGGGUAUUGCUUACAGAAGUUUGAAAAACGCCUGCAGUGACUUUGGUGAUCUACUCCCCAAAGACAUUCCAGCAGUACUCAUAUGAGUCUUGUUUGUGUUUAUAGGACUGUUCUAAAAUAAGGACAGCUUUGCAUUAUAUAGCUAAUAAAAAUGGAGAGGUAUAACAUUAUUACGGAAGUUGGCGACGGUACAUUUGGGAGUGUCUGGCGUGCAAUCAAUAAAGAAAGCGGGGAAGUGGUUGCAAUCAAGAAAAUGAAGAAAAAAUAUUACUCUUGGGAGGAGUGCAUCAACCUCCGUGAAGUAAAGUCCCUCCGAAAGAUGAACCAUCCAAACAUUGUGAAGCUCAAGGAAGUCAUAAGAGAGAAUGACAUGCUAUUCUUUGUUUUUGAAUACAUGGAAUGCAAUCUCUAUCAGCUGAUGAAGAGCAAGGGCAAGCCCUUUUCGGAGACUGAAAUCCGGAACUGGUGCUUUCAAGUAUUUCAAGCUCUCAGUCACAUGCAUCAACGUGGAUACUUUCACCGCGACCUUAAGCCUGAAAAUUUGCUGGUUACAAAGGAGCUCAUCAAGGUAGCUGAUUUUGGACUUGCUCGUGAAAUUAUUUCUGAACCACCGUACACAGAAUAUGUGUCAACUCGCUGGUAUCGUGCCCCUGAAGUUCUGCUUCAAGCUUCUUUUUACAGCUCAGCAGUUGACAUGUGGGCAAUGGGUGCCAUUAUGGCGGAGCUUUUUUCACUGCGACCUCUUUUCCCUGGCUCAAGUGAAGCAGAUGAGAUUUACAAAAUCUGUAGCAUUCUUGGCACUCCAAAUCAGCAUACUUGGGCUAAAGGACUGCAGCUUGCAGCAUCUAUCAAUUUUCAGUUUCCUCAGCAGUCUGAAAGUAUACAACUUUCGGAAAUGGUUCCUUCAGCAAGUGAAGACGCAGUGAACCUGAUUUCGUGGCUUUGCUCAUGGGACCCAUGUAAAAGACCAACUGCAGUGGAGGUUUUGCAGCAUCCCUUCUUUCAGCCAUGCUUCUAUAUCCCCCCUUCACUCCGGUUCAGAUCAACAGGAUAUCCAGCAACACCCCCAUCAGUUGGGGCUAAAGGAGCUUUGGAUCAGAAGAACGCUAGGAGGUAUCCCGUGGGUACUUUAUCCAAUGGGAGACCAGCAGUUAAUAACUCGUACCUGAGCACCAACACUCCAGCAAGAGCAGCUGGUGUGCAAAGGAAACUAGAGCUGGAUCAUCAGAUGAAACUAGAGAGCAACCAUAAGCUGACAAAGGAGAACGCAAUGAACCAGCCUUGGUCCAGAUUACCGCCACCUGUAAGGAGCAACGGAAACUACCUCGCCAAGGACCAGAUCACUCAUGCACCAGACCUGGCCGAAAAGCUGUCUCAGCUGUCAAUGGCCUCCAACCGGGCGCCGGUCUUGUCCUCUGACAAGUUUGCAGACCUGAAGGGGAGAAACCAUGGUGAUGCCGUGAGGCAGCCCUUGCCUUUGGGAUCCAGGGCGUGGCAUGCCCCAAAUGACCCCUUCCGGCGCACAUACGAGAUGCCUGGUGAGAGAGCUCUCCUCCAAAGGAAGCUCGUCAGCUGAAGACUGUCCUGUCGAAGCUCCGUUGCACGCCUUCAUGGAUGCUGCCUGUUGCACUGACACUACCAAGUGUCCGACAAUAAUCCAGAAAUCCCCUUUCCUGGUGGUGCUGUCGAGUUAUGUCUCUGUUUGUCUAAAAUAAAGACUUCCUUUCCUGGUGUGUUCACCGCCUUGGCGGUGCCAUCUCGGUGGGGAGAGCACGCUAUUGUGUUCCUUUUCAGCUUUCGGCUUUCGUAGUGUAAAAAACGUCAAAGCUAUGGUUUGUGAUUGUGAAGUGACGUUUGUGAAUUUAUUUAUGUGGUGGUUACCUCGUUUA